UUUUGUAAUAACCUUUCCGGUUUGAACACCGGCAUCAUCCGCGAGAUCAAAUUACUACUGCCUGUUUGCCUGCCGAAAAACCAUCAAAAUGCCGUAUGGUUAUGAUCCUUACCAGCCCAGGAAACCACCGAGCUAUGGACCCAAAGAUCCAGAACAUGAAACGUAUAGGAAGCUGUUCAUUGGUGGUCUUAGCUAUGAAACUACAGAUGAAACUCUGAAGAAACACUUUGAACAAUGGGGUCAGGUUGUCGACUGUAUCAUCAUGAAGGAUCCCACGACAAAACGAUCCCGAGGGUUUGGAUUUAUCACAUACAAGGAGGCUGGCAUGGUUGACGAGGCUCAGGGCAACAGGCCACAUAAGAUUGAUGGCCGUGAGGUGGAAUCUAAGAGGGCAAUGCCCAGAGAGGAGAGUGGAAACCCUGACAGCCAGAUGUCUGUCAACAAGAUGUUCAUCGGUGGUGUCAAGGAUGACACAACGGAGGAACAAGUACGAGAGGUCUUCAAGGAGUUCGGGAAAAUUGAAAAUGUAAACCUUAUCACAGACAAGACAACGGGAAAACUAAAAGGAUUUGCAUUCGUGGAGUUUGACGAUUACGAUUGUGUGGAUAAAGCAGUUCUACGGAAGAGACACUCAUUAAAUGGCAAGGACGUGGAAGUAAAGAAGGCUCAAAACAAAGACCAGCAGAUGGGUAUGGGAAGGGGGGGUCGUGGCAUGAGAGGAGGCGGACGUGGUGGUGGAAGGGGAGGAUAUGGUGGGUACGGAGGAGGAGGAUAUGGUGACGGUUACAGUGAUGGAUAUGGACCAGGAGGCUAUGGCGGUUACAAUCAAGGGUAUGGUGGGGGUGGUGGCGGUGGCAACUGGGGGGGCCAUGGCGGUGGUUAUGACGGGUAUGGCGGGGGCUACGGCAACCAAGGUGGCUGGGGAGGCAGCGGGGGCUACGGCUCUGGCUACGGGGACAACUACGGUGGAGGCGGUGGUGCCAUGAAAGGAGGUAACUACUCACACAGAUCUUCAGGAUCAUAUGAAGGCGGCUACAACAGCGGUGGAUACGGCAGCGGUGGACGGGGAGGAUAUGGAGGAAACAACCUUGAGUGUGAGAAAGUAGGCUGGGCUCUUUGUCUGCAGUUCAUUCUAGUUUGUGAAUCAGCACAAGAAGUACAUCUGAAUAUGCCUGAGUACGGAGGAUUCGGUGGUGGCGGUCGCAGAGGAGGUGGACGUGGAGGCGGAAGCUGGGUACCCAAGGACCCUGAACAUGAACAGUUCCGGAAACUCUUCAUUGGUGGUUUGAGCUAUGAGACCACAGAAGAAAGCCUCAAAACUCACUUUGAACAGUGGGGUCAGAUUGUUGACUGUGUCGUUAUGAGAGACCCAGAAACAAAGAGGUCAAGAGGUUUUGGUUUCAUCACAUACAAAGAAGCUGCCAUGGUUGACCUUGCCCAAGGUGAGCGUCCUCACAAGAUAGAUGGACGUGAGGUGGAGUCCAAGAGAGCUAUGCCCAGAGAGCGUGACUCUGGUGGUCGCAGCGAAUCUCAGCAAUCUGUAAAGAAGAUGUUUGUUGGUGGCAUCAAGGAUGAUAUGGAGGAGGAUGAUCUAAGAGCUGUGUUUGAACAAUUUGGUCCAAUCAACUCUAUUGACAUCAUCAAGGACAAACAGACACAGAAGCUCAGGGGCUUUGCCUUCAUCUCAUUUGAUGAUCAUGACAGUGUUGAUAAAUGUGUUUUAAAAAAGCGUCACACUAUCAAGGAGAAGGAAGUAGAGGUGAAGAAGGCGCUCAGCAAGGAACAGCAGGAACAAGGAAACCGUGGUGGCGGUAUGCGCGGCGGACGUGGUGGAGGCCGUGGUGGGUACAGCGGUGGUGGUGGUGGCGGCGGCGGCUAUGGAGGCGGUGAGAGUGGCUAUGGCCAAGGAGGAUACAACCAAGGAGGCUAUGGCGGUGGCUAUGGCAAUCAAGGCGGUGGUGCCGGGUAUGAUGGAGGAUAUGGAAGUGGCGGCUAUGGGGCUGGUCAGCAGGGUGGGAACUGGAACCAGGGCGGCGGCGGCAACAACUUCGGAUCUGGUUACGGGGAGAGCUAUGGAGGUGGUGCCAUGAGAGGUGGUGGUGGUGGUGGCUACAAUCAGAGAUCCUCUGGUCCUUAUGGAGGUGGUUACGGUAGUGGAGGUGGUGGCGGCGGCAGCGGUGGCUAUGGAGGUGGUAACUUUGGAGGUGGUGGCGGCUACAACAGAAGAUAAACCCCAUCCUCUCACACAGGCUCUCCAUGCAGGUUCUCAUUAAGCAGCAGCAUAAGGCAGGCAGGCAGGCAGGCAGACAUAGAUCAGGGAUAAGUGUUUCAACAGCAAUUAUGGUUACCAUAGCACCAUGUUACCAUAGCUACAAGGAGGCAAGUGUCCACUAUGGACAUCAGAGACGUAGCAUCAAGAUAGAGCCAAGACUGAAGGGAGAGUAAGGAAUUGAGGCGACGAUACACAGAUAGCUCUAAGCAAGAGUCACCUUGAGGAUAGUUGUCUCCCUUUGUAGCCGGUGUGGUGUGGCUAUUGGAGCGUAGUGCUAGAGCAGGCAUAAUGGACAUUGCAAGGAGUAUUUAUUAGUGAACAACCUGAAAUGAACUGUCCAAUGGCUGUCUUCCUGUCCCCAGAAGCUGUAGGGAGAGCAAGAAAGUAUUUUAUUACAUCAAUCAUGAAUCAAACCUGAUCAUAUGCCAUGGAAAUCAUCACUUUGACCACCAUUACAUGAGACUAUUCAUUAUUUGUGCUAUCUUUUUACUCAUUUAUUUGUAACAAGUUGUGGGCAGUCUUAAUAAAUGUGAAAACACCAGAAA